AUGUUCGAAUCUUUAAAGUUUGAGGUAUUUGAUGAAGAGCUAUUUCAAUUCAACGUAGGCUGGGUCUAUUGGCUUAUUGGUAUUUACUUAUGUUUGCCAGUUUUAGCUUAUGUUAUAUUACCUGUAUUCUCCUCUAAGGGUUUUUACUCUGGGAAGAGGAAGUCUAUUACUAUAAUUGUUCUUGGUGAUUUGGGUCAUUCACCACGCAUUUGUUACCAUGCCAAAUCAUUUUCUAAAUAUGAAUAUUAUGUCAACUUGUGUGGUUAUAUUGAAACAGAACCGCCAUAUGAUGUUGUGGAUGAUAUCAAUAUCGAUAUUAGUGAAAUUAAACCUAUCAAGAAUUCUUUUAAUUUACCAUAUAUAUUGUUCAUAGGGCAAAAGGUUUUUCUUCAAGUAUUCCAAUUAUUUAAAUUACUUUUAGGAAUUAGAGGAAGUGACUAUAUAUUAUUACAAAAUCCUCCAUCAAUUCCAAUAUUAAUACUUGUAAUUAUAUUCAUAAAGGUAUUUAGUAGAUCAACAACUUUAAUAGUUGAUUGGCACAAUUUGAAUUACUCGAUUUUGAAUUUAAAGUUUAAGAAUGAGAGGCAUCCUCUUGUUCGCCUAGUUAAGUUUUAUGAACAAUUCUUAGGUAAGAACUUUGUCGAUAUUAAUUUAACUGUCACCAAAAAGAUGAAGUCAUUUUUAGUGCAGGAGUUCAAUUUCGAUCCUAAGAAAAUAAUAACUUUAUACGACAGACCAAGUGAUAUUUUCAGUCCAUUAGAAUCUGAGGAAGAAAAGAAUGAUAUAUUACAAUCUAUUGAUCUAUUUGCUGGUUUGGAAAAUAUUUCAAAAUACAAAAUUUUAAUAAGUUCUACCUCAUUCACUCCGGAUGAAGAUUUCGAUGUCCUUUUAGAUGCAUUGAAAAGGUAUGAGAUGGAUAAUGAUUCACCUCCAAUCAUUUUGGUUGUAACAGGGAAGGGACCAUUGAGAGAUGAGUUCUUUGGUACAGUCAAAAGACUUGCAUUUAAUCCAGAACGAAUAAUAGUUAAAUCAGCAUGGUUAUCGAUUUCUGAUUAUCCAAGAGUAAUAUCAGUUGCAGACCUAAGUGUAUCGUUACAUACUUCAUCAAGUGGAAUUGACUUACCAAUGAAAAUUCUUGAUUUCUUUGGAUCUGGUGUACCAGUGAUUGCCUUAAAUUUCGAAGCAAUAGGUGAACUAGUUCAGGAUGGAUAUAAUGGGUUAGUAACUAGUGACAAGGUAUCUAGUGAAAGGCGUGAUCAGGCCUUGGAGCUUUACAGAUUACUUAGGGAAGCCUUUACAGAUAAAAAGUUAUUGCAAACUUUACGGAAAGGAGCCCUUGAAGAAAGCAAAUUAAGAUGGGAUGAAAAUUGGACAAAGGUAUUAGGUAAUAUUUUUGAUUAUAAAAUUGACUAA